GAGUCCUUUCAUGGCCUUUCUCAUCGGCGAAUGACCUCAAGCUAUAUGAGAUGCGUUUCCAAAACAAAAUCUAUUUGUUUGUGCCAUUGCUGGUGGCCAUUAUAUUUCUCCGUUGUGUGGUAUAUGAUCGAUGCUUAAAGCAAGCCGUGAACAGUUACCAAGUACUUGCUGACCACAAUCGCGCUCGACUUCAGGAUGGAAGCACGGUGCACCGAACACGGUACGUGCUGCUCUACACAAGUUUCUUCUCCGAGAGCUAUUGGGGAUUACCGGCAGAAACGCUCGGUCCGGAUUACUUUGCGUUGAAACACUGCCCGGUAACAAACUGCGUCUUGACGAGCAACCACGGGCUCCUUUCUUCGGUGGCGGAGUAUGAUGCAGUUGUAUUUCACGUCGCCACCCCGCUGGACGUGUCGCUGCCAAAAGUUCGCGCCCCCAAACAAAUCUAUGUGGCCGCCAUUAUGGAGUCACCAGCGCACACAAUGGGCUCGAUGCAAUCAGUUGGUCUGAAAGUAGACGUUUACGGCUCCUGUGGUCAUUUGAAAUGUCCUCGAGGAAACCCUGAAUGCGACACCAUGCUUGACACAACGUAUUGGUUUUAUCUAUCGUUUGAAAACUCGCUCUGCGUUGACUACGUGACGGAAAAGCUGUACAUGGCACUAAGACACACGAUCGUUCCGAUUGUCUUUGGAGGCGCAGACUACGAGCGCUUUGUCCCUCCAGGAUCUUACAUCAACGCACAGGACUAUGCGACGGUGAACGAGCUGGUCGAUUAUCUCUUCUACCUGAUGGAUAACCCGAAGGAGUAUGUAAAGUACUUCUGGUGGAAGGAACACUACGCGCUGGACCACACGAAUUCGUACUGCGAGUUAUGUCAGAAGCUGCACAGUGUAGGUACGAGGGAAAAGGUUCAGUAUUACCAGGAUAUUAAAGCCUGGUGGUACGAUGAUGCUUGUGUGGAAAAAUCCAAGAUAGCAUUGUGAAAUCUAAUGCCGGUAAUUACAUAAACAGGCAUCCACCGAUUCUCGGUUCGAUCCUUAUUAUCAGUAGAAUAUUCUUUAUAUGACGAUCGUGCUGUUCAGAAUUCCAUUAAACUCAAAAGGGAUAUUUAAACCCAUGCUACAAGCGUUUAAAAAAUAGAUAAGUAGUAUGCAAGAAAAGUGCAAAGCUACUAAUAAUUAUCAUAACUCCAAAUAAUUUCCUAGAGUGGAACACGAAAUGUUUGAAUUAAAAAGGCUAGGAAUACAAAGUUAUACCAUUGAAGUAUAAUUCUAUAUCCAUCCUUGCAUAUUGGAAAUUGAUCAAUAAGCGGUUAUGCGUGAUUGAGGAAAUGAUAUGUGAAAUUAAUUGACCCUUAAUGUGUGAAAUAAUAUGUGAAAUUAAUUGACCCUGAAAUUAAUUGAAAUUGAACUUAAACGUCUCUUCCUUUUUUCGUUGUCCUUCCGUUAUAUGUUCUCAACUUGAAACAAGAAAUAAAACCUUACGAGAAGAAACUCAUAUGUUUAACAAUGUUAACGUACAUAAUUAACAGAUUUAUGUAGUUGUGCUGUAGCCAUUGACUGGUGGAGAUUUCGGAUUCCUAAACCCGAACGAAUGUAAGAAAACUCACGCGGUUGCAAUUGCAUCGUUUCGUCUCGACGAUCGUAUGAAAAGAGACCGGCCUUAAACUGCGGUGUUUAUUUUACAUGUUUAGCUACGCUACCCUACUACUACUUCUCACUCUAACUGUACCUAACCUAUCGUUAUCUUAUAAUAAAUCUAUAAAACCUUA